CCUCCUUAGCUGGGGACAGCUCUCCACCCCUGGCAGAACUGACAAUUAUGAUCAAAAUGGGAACGUUUCCUGGCUACUUCCAACCGCUUAGGCCUCAUCCCCGACUCUGGAAGAUUUGGGGAGAGUUGGCUACAGUUUCUUUACACAGAGAAAGAUUUCUGCGUAGCUAACUGGUUUCUGAAUAGCUAAUAAUUAGUGCCUACCAUGUACGUUUCCUGUGAUAGGCAAGAAUACGGAGAGACCUUUGUUCUGGGUGGCUCACUGUCUGAAGGGGUAGAAGAGAGGGUAUCACAAGGAAUUCAUAGCAGAGUGUGGUAAGUGCUAAAAGAGAGAGGGUCUUGGAAGUCUACUUAAAGCAAGGUAAAUAACCAAACCUAAGGGCAGGGUUAGGUUCCUUUGAACAUGUGGAAAACCAGUGGUCAUUCUGGUGUUCUAUAGAGACACAUGAUUAGGCUGUGAUAUCCUUAUGAAGUCACAGAAUUGGAAGGACCUGGAGGUGUCAGGGUGGGACCAGGCCAUUUUCAGAUGCAUGGACUUCCUGGCUUUCCAGGGGGCAGGAAGCAGCAGACUCAGAGUCCAUCCCAUGUCUGAGUGGUUUGGAAAAUGGGAACAGAAAGUGGGUGACAUUCAGUAGAAUAUGAUAGUAUAUGCAGUGACUCUCCCUGUCCCCCCAAAUGUACCCCAGAUCCACUCUCCUAGAGGGCAUUCUUCUAGCUAUACUUUUCAGCAGUUAAUAUAGUUAAUAAUAUAGUUAGGACCUAGUCUGGAAAGUUUGAGAAGAUAAGCAUUCUUUCUUAUUCAAAAAAAGUAAUGAAAUAACAUAACUACCUGUUGUUGAAUAUCUAGUGUGAGCACUGCAAAUUUUCUUAAAGCAUAAUUUUCCUGUUUUCUCACUUACCCAGUAGCUUAUUUUCUUAGAUUUUUCCCAAGCAGCUUCAUCCCUAAGAGCCUAAGCUGAAUAUGAGAUCCAGGCUCAUGUUCAUGAGUAGGGUAGGAUUCAGAUUAUGUAGGGAGGACAUAAUUAGGUAUGUUUUGAAUUAGUUGCAAAAUUGUAGAAGUCUGAUUACUUUGGGCAUAGCACUUUCCUUUAGAAACUGUUGGUUGGGAUCUGGUAUUCCCCAAAGUCAGAAACUGCUGCUAGCAUGAGAGCAGCAAGAAACGUUUUCAGAUGAAAUUCCUGAGUGUCAGGGAGUUGAUAGUCUAGAUCCUGAAGGACCCUCUAUUUUGAAUGGAUUAAAAGGGUAAGGAAAGGACAGUAAAUUGUAAGAAGACAGUUCUUACAACCAUCUAAUAAGUUACUUAGGUUCCAGGUGACAGCGUGGCAGGGAGUGUUAUGGCAGCCUUAACUGCAGUCCCAACUCAAGCGUUCAGGCACGUGAGAAGUUGGGAUCCCCUUUCUGGGUAGUCUUUGUGGGGGAGGACUCCUGUCAACUGCUCAAAGGCCCAGGCAUCUGCAUUCCUGUACAGAAACCAUGGCUGGACCCCCUCAGUCCAGAAGUCUUACUUGAUCCCAGAUACUCUUCCUGGGAUGUGACCUUUCUCCUCAAACUCAAGUCCAGAAUGAUAACCACAGAAAUGAUAAAUUGAAUGUGGAGCCCUCCCCACAAAGUAGGGUUUAGCUUCUAUUUGCUUGUGUUCCCACAGACUCUUACCUGCCCCUGGUGGAGAGAUUACAGGCAGACACACACUGCCCGCGGGCGACUACCCCUUCCUCUGAGGCUCAGAGAAAGGCAGCUCUGAGUGAUUUGUCUUCCCCCACAGCAGUUUCUCCUGCUCCCCUUCACAUUACCCCUUACAGUCCUCCCUGCUGCUCACAAGAGGGCGUGUGAGUUGGGAGGGGGAGGAGGGCUGGGCACGGCUUGUGCCCCACACAACCUGGCUAUGUGGUUACACGUCACGCCUAGGGAUGCAUUGUGUCUCUGCUGGCCCAUGGAAGGGUUUGGCAUGGUGGUUUGCUCGUGUGUGCAGGCAGGAGAGGACUGUAAGUGCUGAGCAGUGCUGGAGCACCUUCUGCUCCGUCAUUGCUCAGCUAACAGAGGAGACCCAGCCGCUAUUUGAGACCACGCUCAAGUCCCGGGCUGUGUCCGAGGACAGCGACGUUAGAUUCACCUGCAUCGUCACAGGAUACCCAGAGCCAGAGGUGACCUGGUACAAGGAUGACACAGAGCUGGACCGCUACUGUGGCUUGCCAAAAUACGAGAUCACUCAUCAGGGCAACCGCCACACACUGCAGCUCUACAGGUGUCGAGAAGAAGAUGCCGCCAUCUACCAGGCCUCUGCCCAGAAUGCCAAAGGAAUUGUGUCCUGCUCGGGGGUCUUGGAGGUGGGCACCAUGACCGAAUACAAGAUCCACCAGCGCUGGUUCGCCAAGCUGAAGCGCAAGGCUGCGGCAAAGAUGCGUGAGAUCGAGAAGAGCUGGAAGCACGGGAAGGAGGCCGUGGAAGAGGCCGACACCCUGCGCAAGCUCAGCCCCGACCGCUUCCAGCGGAAGCGGCGGCUGAGUGGGGCCGAGGUGCCAGUCCCCUCGGCCCCCACCCGGGAGGUCGAGAACGGGACACCGGUGGCUUGGCAGGAGGGAGAGACGGAGCCUGGUCAGCACCCAGGUUUGGGCCUGAUCAACAGUUUUGCUUCCGGAGAGGUGACCACCAAUGGGGAGGCUGCCCCUGAGAACGGGGAAGCUGGGGAGCAUGGCCUGUUGACAUACAUCUGUAAAGCCAUGGAGCUGGGGCCUCAGAGAGCCCCCAAAAAGGAGUCUGGGGCCAAGAAGAAAAAGAAAGAUGAGGAACCUAAGCAAGGUGUGCAGAAGCCAGAGGUAGAGAGGGCAGCUCGAAGCCACCGUUCCUCUGAAAACUGUGUCCCCAGUUCAGACAAGCCUGACUCCUGUGGGACACAGGGGCCCAUGGACAUGGAGCAGGUUCAGACCCAGCCCAGGGGCAGGGCCGCACAGGGGCCUGGAUCCUCCGGAGCAGAUGGCACCAGGAAGCCAGCCUCUGCUGUGGGUACUCAAGACCAGGCCCAGAAUGCCCCUGUCCCAGGCCCAGACCAGGAAGUGUAUUUCUCCCUGAAGGACAUGUAUCUGGAGAGCACCCAGGCAGACAAGCCUCAGGGGGAGGAGGGGGCCCAGACCCCCCGGGGCAGGACACCUGGAGAGCUGCCCUCAGGGAAGGUAUCCAGCAAAGCCAGAGGUGAGAGGGAACCUGCUGUCCCUGGCCAGCCCACGCCCUCAGCCCCCCAGCAGACUAGGCCCUUCAACAGGAAGAGAUUUGCUCCUCCGAAGCCCAAAGAGGAGCCCACCACCAGCUGCAAGCCUGAUUCUUCCCCAAGUCAAGAUCCAGAACCUGGGGCUCAGAGCUCAGGGAAGGCACCGCCUCAGGCCUCUGCCCAAGUGCCCACACCCCCCGCCCGGUGGAGACAGAGCACCCAGGACAGCCCCUUGCAGGGGCAAGCAGGCCACAGGACUCCAGGAAAAGUCCAGGAGUCCCAGGCAACCAUGGCUCCUACCACAUUGGCCAGCAGCAGCUCUGAUAUGGUCUCUGCUGGUUGCAGCACCUCCAGAAGUCAGGAUAUCAUUGAGCCCAUGGACACAGAAACCCAGGAGGACAGGAGAGCAUCUGCUGAUCAGAACACUGGAGGCAAGAAGAAUACAGAGAUGGAUAGGAAGAUGCAGGUGGAUGGGAGGACGCAGGGAGAUGGAACACAAACCACCCAGAGGACACAGGCAGAUAGGAAGACACAGGUGGAUGUUGUGACACAAGAAAGUGAGAGGUCAGAGUCAGGCAGGAAUUCCCAGGAGGACGUGAUGGCACAAGGAAAGGUGGGGACCCAGGCAGAUAAGAGGACACAGGCAGACAGAAGGGUGCAGGAAGACAAGGGGACAUGGUCAGAGGGGAGCAUUCCCACAGCUGUGAAAUGUUGGUCAGAGAAGGCGUCCAUGACCGGUAUCAGCCCACAGUCCAGGGCCCCCAAACGCCCACCUUCAGAGGAUCCUAGGUCCCCUCAGAUUACUGAAUGCUUUGAACAGACCCCAGAAGAGUUCUCCGUCCCAGACAAACCUGAGUUUAUGCUCAGAUCUGACGAGGCAGCAGGAACGGCCUCCGGGAGCCGUGAGGAAACUGUGCCAGGUCCCCUGGCGGGGGACCUCACACGCGGGGCACAGCUGCCUCCUGAGGGCAGUUUGGAGCAGGUGGGAGGAGAGAGAUAUCGAGGGCCGGAGCAGUCGGGUCCAGUUAAGGACAAGGCCGACGAGGGCCUGUCCCAGGGCCCCAAGCAGGAACAGCCGGGAGAAGUGCUGCCUGUGGAUCUGGGUGGCUGUCCUUCAGCGGGCCUGAGCCCCCAGGUGCCCACUCUGCCCUCUCUUCCUGGGGCUGGCCUGAUGGAUAACUCACAGCAGCGGCUGCCCAGCACCCCGGCUUCUCAGCACAUGAGCACAGCUGCCUUCCUACCCUCUGGGGACAAGGCCUCGCUGAGUUCUGCCCCCGCACUGCACCUGGGGCUGGGCACCCCCAGCCAGAGUCACCCGCCAGGAACCAGGGCAGCAGACGCUGAGGGGGCCUGCGCCAAGGUGCCCGGUGUGGAAGGGAGGACUUCAGGCCCCCAGACCUGUGACCCUGGCCUCAUAGACUCCCUGAAGAGCUACUUGCUCCUGCUGCUGAAGCUAUCCAGCUCAGAGACGAGUGGCAGGGGCCCAGGGGCCCAGGAGGAAGCUGCCGCUGGGGAUCAGGCACCCUCACCCUCUCUGGCCCCCACCGUGGAAGUGGCCGGUCUGAGUCCCCGGACGUCACGGCGCAUCCUGGAGCGUGUGGAGAACAACCGUCUGGUGCAGAGCGCACAGACUCUGCUGCUGAGCCCCUGUACCUCCCGCCGCCUCACUGGCCUCCUGGACCGCGAGGUGCAGGUUGGCUGUCAGGCCCUGGCUGCUGCCCGGUGCCCUGGCCCCAGCCCCCUCUCUGUCCCUGCCAUCGUGGUAGGUGAGGAGGAAGGCCCCGGGGUGGCCUCAGGAGGAUCCAGUGGAGGUGAGGGAGAGGUUUCCCUUGAGGGGCCUGGCCUCCUGCCGACCUCCCAGGAGAGCGGCAUGGGUGGGCCGCUGGGGGGCGUGGGUGGACCGGCAGCCCCUGGGCAGGGACUGCUGUCAGCAGAGCGCAGAGCCCAGGAACGCUUCCGAGAGGAGGAGAUCCCAGGGGAAGCUCUGACAGAUCUCCCCGCAGCUACGCCCGAGGAACUGGCUCUGGGGGCCCGGAGGAAGAGGUUUCUCCCUAAGGUCAGAGCAGCAGGAGAUGGGGAGCCAACCAAGCCCGAAGAAAGGGAGAGCCCCUCGGAUUCCCCCCGGGGGCCCCGGAAGGGCCUUGCACCGGGGCCCCCGGGGAGUCCAGGGCGGCAGAAACGCUCCCCUACUCAGGGCAGAAAGGCAGACCUGCUGGAGGUGCCGCGGGCAGAGGAGGAGCCGGCAGCAGGGGCCCUGGGCUCCAGCCCCAGAGCCAGCAACCUGGAAGCAGAGCUGGCCCUGGAGGAAGGCAAGCAGGGCACUCCGGCCAAGCCAAGGAGAGCCAAAGACCUGCUAAAAGCCCCACAGGUGAUCCGGAAGAUUCGGGUGGAGCAGUUUCCUGAUGCCUCGGGCAGCCUGAAGCUCUGGUGCCAGUUUUUCAACAUUCUUAGUGACUCAGUCUUGACAUGGGCCAAGGAUCAGCGCCCAGUGGGCGAGGUGGGCAGGAGUGCAGGGGAUGAGGGGCCAGCGGCCCUGGCCAUCGUGCAGGCGUCCCCCGUAGACUGUGGCGUGUAUCGAUGCACCAUCCGCAAUGAGCACGGCUCGGCCUCCACUGACUUCUGCCUCAGCCCCGAGGUGCUGUCAGGAUUCAUCUCCAGAGAAGAAAGUCAAGUUGGAGAAGAGAUUGAGAUGACCCCCAUGGUGUUUGCUAAGGGUCUGGCUGACACUGGCUGCUGGGGGGACAAGCUCUUUGGGCGCCUGGUGAGCGAGGAGCUACAAGGUGGUGGACACGGGUGUGGCCUUCGGAAGGCCUCCCAGGCCAAGGUCAUCUACGGGCUGGAACCCAUCUUCGAGUCAGGCCUCACGUGCAUCAUCAAGGUGUCCAGCCUGCUUGUGUUUGGGCCCAGCAGUGAGACUUCUCUCCUGGGCAGAAACUAUGACGUCACCAUCCAGGGGUGCAAGAUCCAGAACAUGAGUCGAGAGUACUGCAAAAUCUUUGCGGCUGAAGCCCGGGCUGCACCUGGCUUUGGGGACGUGCCUGAGAUCAUCCCACUGUAUCUGAUCUACCGGCCUGCAAACAAUAUCCCAUAUGCUACCCUGGAGGAGGACCUGGGCAAGCCCAUGGAGUCUUACUGUUCCCGGGAAUGGGGCUUUGCUGCGGCUCCAGCAGCAUCUAGCAGCUCUGAGGCCGUGCAGAAAUGCCAGACCUUCCAGCACUGGCUGUAUCUGUGGACAAAUGGCAGCUUCCUUGUCACAGAUUUGGCAGGGGUUAACUGGAAAAUGACUGAUGUGCAGAUUGCUACCAAACUGCGAGGAUACCAAGGCCUCAAGGAGAGCUGUUUCCCUGCCCUGCUGGACCAGUUUGCCUCUUCCCACCAGUGCAACACCUUCUGUGAGAUGCUGGGGCUAAAACCUCUCAAGGGCCCUGAGGCUGCCCACCCCCAAGCCAAGGCCAAAGGCUCCAAGAGUCCAUCUGCCGGCAGGAGGGGCCCCCAGCUGAGUCCUCAGCCCCAGAGGAAAGGCCCUCCCAGUCCCCAGAAGAGUGCCCCAAGCUCCAAGGCCACCCCUCAGGCCUCAGAGGCAGUCGCCACCCAGUUACUCGGACAGCCUCCCGUCCGAGAUGGAGGCUCCAAGGCCCAGGGCAUGCGGUAGCCCCCACAGGAGGCUGGGGGCCUCCACCCAGCAGCAGACCGACAAGGAAGCAGCUCGAACCGAUGGAGACGUUCCCAGUACGGGACUGACCGGAGCAGGUGCACUGAGGCGGCACCCCUCGGGGCCUCUGCCCGCAGCCUCUCCUCAUCAGAUGCUUGGUGCCUGACACCCAGCCUGGUGGCCUCUCCUGGUGCCAUCGUCCCCGCGGCUCCCAGGCCCUACCUCCCGGGGCCUGCAGCCUAGCCCUCCUUGAAGUUUACACUGGCCACUGCUGGAGGCUCCCUGAGUCCUCUGCAUGAGUUCUGCAACCAACCCCUUGCCCCAGGCCCUGCCGUGAAUGUUGCACUCUGGGGGCACGCAGGCCAGCACCUACCCUUUUCCCUUCACUUGGCCCUGAUCCCUCCCUAUCCUCAGGGCUCCAGACUUCCUCUGCGGUGUCUGGCCUGGUGACUCUCAGGGUGUCUUUUCCUUCCAGUCAUUUUGCGUCAUUCAUCCCAGCUUAUCUUGCAACUAACCUGUCCCUGAGCCCGAAUGGUGCUCAGGGCCCUUCCAGAGACUGUCAUAUCCUUGUGCAGUGGUCUUUGGUGAUGUGUGUUCAUGCUCUUCCUUCCCCCAUCACUCAGGCACUCAAUCACCUGCCUACCAUGCUCCCUUGCACCCCAUCCCCCAUCCCUGGCUUUGAGCCCAAUUGCAGCCUGCUGCCUGCCUUUCACUGAGUUCUGUUUGUUCCCCUACCCGAGGGCUUCCCUAGCCUGACCCCCACCCUACCCACCAUACCUAGGUGAAGAGCAGACCCUCUGGCCUCUCAGCCCACCCCAGGACACUCCUCCCCUACUUCUCCCAGGCCCUCUGCCCGUGAGGUGAGAGCUGGCAUGAGGGUUGCAUCAGCAGCUGUGGCCAGACGGAAGGUGUUGACUUUGUGGGACCUUGUGCUUCAUACUGAAACGAGGUGGGGUCACAGUGAAUUUCACAUCCCCUCUUGACCAGGGAUAGAGGGCUGGGACUCUUCUCCAGAGGGCGUGCACCUGGGAGCUGUGGGAAGAAUGCAGUCCACCCAUGUGCAGGGUGGAGGAGUGUCUCUGUGCCUGGGAAUUAGGACCCCCUGCCCCUAACCAUUAGCUCUUGACCCUGGGACUCCAGCUCUGGGCCUCAAUAUAGGCUCCCAAGGAUUUGCUGUGCUCGGCCCAGCACCCUGGGCCCUUCCUGAGAACCCUUCCUUGAGGCCUGGGAUGGGGUGGGUCUCGAGCUAGCCUGCUCCCCUUGGAAUGCAAUAAAGGCAGCAACUGUGUAUCUUGCUCGCCCUUA